AUGUCCGAACUUAUCCAGACCACUGAGAUGAGACCCGGCGGCUCAGGGUCCGAAAAGAAACAGGGCCAUGGAAACAUUCGCAGCGUUCUUAUAUCUGCUUCGAUUAUUCUUUGUCAGCUAGUGCAGAUGGUCCCGUACGGAGCCGGCAUCAAUGCAUGCUUUGACAUUGCAGAGGAUAUUGGCGCGACACCACACCAGGCAACGUGGAUUGUAGCAUCCUACCCAUUAACGCAAGGCGCAUUCAUUCUCAUGGGUGGUCGUGUUGGUGCCAUUUGCGGACACAAGAAUACCGUCGUCGCCGCUGGUGGGUGGUGGGUGAUAUUCCACCUCAUAUCCGGAUUCAUGAGAAACAUGAUUUCACUGUCCGUAAUGGGAGCCCUAAGCGGCAUCGGCGGUGCAUUCAUGAUGCCGAAUGCCAUCGCCCUACUGACGAUCACCUUCCCCCCUGGAAAGAUGCGGAAUAUCUCAGUUGGAUUGUUUGGGGCAAUGGCUCCCAUAGGAGCCGCGGGAGGAAGUGUAAUUCCGGGCUUCUUUGGGCAACUGACGCAUUGGAAGUGGUUGUUUUUCUUUUUGGCUAUUCUGGGAACCCUGGGGUUCGCGUUAUUCGCCUUCAUUGUCCCCGGCGAACCAGAGCCCUUCGACAAAGGAGGGCGCAUGGACUAUAUCGGGGCCUACUUUGGAGUUGCCGGCCUCAUUCUAUUCAACUUUGUUUGGAAUGGAAUCUGGGAAUUCAAAUUCGCAAAAAACCCCAUCCUACCUUUCAACAUCUGGGGUGCACCUUCCUUCGGCCUCAUGACACUAUCCACUUUCCUAGCUUUCAUGAGCGUCGGAAUCGUACUGUGGUAUAUGAGCGCCUGGAACUUGACAAUCAGAGACUUCUCUCUCUUCCUCAACGGCGCCAGCUACGCAACCCUCGCCGUUUUCGGCACCGGGGCAGCGAUCAUAAGCGCAAAACUCGUCCGGCACUUACCCGCGCAGUUUACCCUUGCAAUCGGAUCGCUGUCCUCGUGUGCAGCGAACAUCCUAAUCGCGACGAUGCCCGCGCGGCAGAGCUACUGGGCGCAGGUAUUCCCCGCGAUGAUAUUCACGGCCUUCGGGCCGGAUUUCCUCUUUACAGCGGCGCAGAUUAUCGCGAGUAAUACGGUCAAAAGACAACAGCAAGGGAUUGCCGGGUCGCUGAUUGGGACGCUGUUGUCGUAUGGGCUGAGUACGGGGUUGGGGUUUGCGGGGACGGUGGAGGCGUAUACGAAUAGGCAUGGGCAGGAUCUGGUGAGGGGGUAUCGACAUGGCUUGUAUCUUGGAAUAGGGUUCGCUGCGUGUGCGGUGCUCCUGGCGCUUUUUUUUGUCAGGAUUCCGAGGGAGAGGAAGGAGGGGUGGGGAGAGGAGGAUGAGGAGGAUGGGGGUCAUGUUCUAUCUACGGUGUAA